GUGGGGAAGCGCUCAGUCUUCCCGCCCCCGCCCCCCUCAGGUUCCAGACGCGACCCCGGCGCAGCCCGCGGCCUAGCCUCGCGCCCCCUGUCCCGGGGGCUGGCAUGAGCGGCCCCUCGGUGGCGCCGGGGCGCGGGGGAGCCGCCGCCUGAGCCCCGGGCCUGCCGCCUUGGACCCCGCGGCGCCGAGCGAGCUCACCGCCGAGCGUGCGAGAGACCGGGUCACAGCUUUCUUCCUCCCGCAGAUCUCAAGCAUACACCCCAGCCCCGGAAGAUGGGGAACUGCCUCAAAUCCCCGACUUCGGAUGACAUCUCCCUGCUUCACGAGUCUCAGUCCGACCGGGCUAGCUUUGGCGAGGGGACGGAGCCAGAUCAGGAGCCGCCGCCGCCAUAUCAGGAACAAGUUCCUGUUCCCAUCUAUCAUCCGACACCUAGCCAGACUCGGCUAGCAACUCAGCUGACUGAAGAGGAACAAAUUAGAAUAGCUCAAAGAAUAGGCCUUAUACAGCAUCUGCCUAAAGGAGUUUAUGACCCUGGAAGAGAUGGAUCAGAAAAAAAGAUCCGAGAGUGUGUGAUCUGUAUGAUGGACUUUGUUUAUGGGGACCCAAUUCGAUUUCUGCCGUGCAUGCACAUCUAUCACCUGGACUGUAUAGAUGACUGGUUGAUGAGAUCCUUCACGUGCCCCUCCUGCAUGGAGCCAGUGGAUGCAGCACUGCUUUCAUCCUAUGAGACUAAUUGAGCCAGGGUCUCUCGUCUGACUUCAAGUGAACCAUCAGUUUUGGUGGUUUUGAUCUUUUGUCACUGAGCCCAAAGAGCCAGGGAUUAGGAAUUAAGAUCAUGCACAAAAGUUUCCUAAAAAUUCCUGGAUGGCUGCAGAUGUUGAGGGAAGUAUGUGAUAUUUUAGAAAUUUAGGGGGAAAGUAGGAUGGAUGGUAUUUUUAUGUAAAGCCUUGACCCAGUGUUUAAAAUAUAAUUGUUAUUAGACCUUGUUCUUGCUCCAGUACAUAGGAAUUGUGUAAAGUGUUACAGCAACUGUACAUGUUUAAAUUGUGUGUGUUGAAGCUUAGGAAAAAGAUAGUUGUUAUUUUUCCUAAAUGAAAUAAGUUUCUUCUCCCACCCAAAUUCUUUUCUGAAAAGUUACUGACAUUUGGGUCAAGGUUUUAUUAAAAGCUACAUUUUAUAACACUGGCACAAAAAAAAAAAAAUAGUAGUUUUAAGCUUGUUUGCACAGUUCUUUUUUUCCAUUGGAAAUGGAAUUCAUUGCCUUAGGUCUUUUUAAAUAGUGUAUUAUUAUCGUUGGGGCUGGCUCUAUGCUUGAAAACCAGUUUAUUUAUAACCUGUUGUAAGUGCUAUAUUCUGUUUGCAGUUAGGAAAUGCAGAAUUCACAGUGAUCUCCUAGCUUGUAAGCAAACUGAGAUGCACUAUCCCUUUUCUAUUAAGAAUGAGUUGAUGUGUCAGGAAACAAGGCUAGCAAAGUGGAUUUGAUAUCCCUUUCCUUGUGUGUCUUAUCUUAUUGUUUUGGUGGUUAAUAUGGUGAUAAUUGAAAGUCAAGUUGAAAUUCAAAUAUUAAUAUUUCUGAUUUGUUGAGCUUUGAAUUAUGCCACCAUGCUUAUAUAAAAACGAAGGUGGCACCAUGAUGAAACUUAAAGAAACAGUUUCUCAUCUGUAACAGUUUUGAUUCUCUUUCCUGUGACCUCUUUCCCCACUGUCUGGAACCAUAGCAAAAGGAUACUGCAUCUCUUGUUACUGUAGUGCUGAGGUUAUUGAAGUUACAGAAACACAUCUGGUGUGUUUCCUAGAAAAGUACCUGUUCAGUCUUGCUAGGUGACUGACAGGAGAGGCAAAUGUGUUAUGUUUUGCACACCAAUGCAGCAGGGUUUGUAUAACCACAUGACUUCAUAGUUGUGAUCUCAAAGGAACUUCUCCUUUAUUUUUUCUUGCAAUUAAUGUAAGAAUACUCUAAAUCUCUGCACUUCUGAAGGAUUAGAGGUAGAAAUGGUCUAGUAAAGUGUAAUGUUUUAUUCAUUUAGCAUGUGUUUAUUUUCCUUAUGUUCUCCAGGUGAUUCGUUCCUUCCACUCAGUGAUAUUGUGGUUAAAAAAUGAUGAGCAGAAGCGCUCUCCACCUUACAAAUGA